GCCUGGCGGGAGGCGGUGGCGGCGGCCGGGCCGGGCCAUGGGGAAGGAGCAGGAGCUGCUGGAGGCCGCCCGUACCGGGAACCUGCCCGCCGUAGAGAAACUGCUGUCGGGAAAACGCCUCAGCUCCGGUUUCGGUUCCGGGGGAAGCGGAGGAGGUGGUGGUGGAGGUUCCGGGGGUGGUGGAGGCGGUGGAAGCGGCGGUGGAGGAGGAGGAGGUGGAGGUGGUGGUGUGGGGCACCCGCUGUCCAGUCUGCUGAGCAUCUGGAGAGGGCCAAAUGUGAACUGCGUUGACAGUACUGGAUACACUCCACUGCACCAUGCUGCUUUGAAUGGUCAUAAGGAUGUGGUGGAAGUCCUCUUGAGGAACGACGCGCUCACCAACGUGGCAGACUGUAAGGGCUGCUACCCCCUGCACCUGGCAGCUUGGAAAGGAGAUGCAGACAUAGUGAAGCUCCUCAUCCACCAGGGACCUUCGCAUACUAAAGUGAAUGAGCAGAAUGCUCUUGAGAUCAAAGAACUCAAAAAGUACGGCCCUUUUGACCCAUAUAUCAAUGCCAAGAACAAUGACAACGAGACAGCACUGCACUGCGCCGCGCAGUACGGCCACACCGAGGUGGUGAAGGUCCUCCUGGAGGAGCUCACCGACCCCACCAUGCGUAACAACAAGUUUGAGACCCCCCUGGACCUGGCCGCUCUCUACGGGAGGCUGGAGGUUGUGAAGAUGCUGCUGAACGCUCACCCCAAUCUUUUAAGCUGCAACACAAAGAAACACACUCCCCUGCACUUGGCGGCGAGGAACGGUCACAAAACCGUAGUCCACGUCCUCCUGGAUGCUGGCAUGGAUAGCAACUAUCAGACUGAAAAAGGCAGUGCUUUGCACGAAGCUGCUUUGUUUGGCAAGACAGAUGUGGUACAAAUAUUGCUGGCUGCAGGUAUUGAUGUGAACAUAAAGGAUAACAGAGGCCUGACGGCUCUGGAUAUCGUGAGGGAGCUUCCUUCUCAGAAAAGUCAACACAUAGCAGCUCUCAUUGAAGAUUACACGACUGGGAAGAAAAGUGCCAAAGCUGCAGAGAAGACAGCGCAGGCACCGCCUGCUCCAAGCACCGACCCUGCGUGCUGGAUCCCUCAGGGUGACGUGGAGAAAGCAGUGACAGAGCUGAUCAUAGACUUUGAUGUGAACCCAGAAGAGGAAAGCCCAUAUGAAGCUUUGUACAACGCAACGUCCUGUCACUCCCUGGACAGCCUUGCCAGUGGGAAGUCUUCAGACAGAGAGUCUGUGAAUAAGGAAGUGGAAGCAGCUGGCCUUAAAGCAGCAGGAGUCAGGCCUAGAGAGCGUCCACCCCCCCCUGCUAAACCACCGCCUGAUGAAGAAGAGGAGCAGCACACGGAGAAGAUGGGCCAUGGUGCUUCCUGUGAGGCCACUGUUGCACGAGGAAAGAGCAGAGGAAGUGGAGCUGAGGAAGAGGAGCACCCUUAUGAGCUGUUGCUUACAGCGGAGACUAAAAAGCCAGUGGCAGUGGAUAGAAAAACAAAAGACCACAGGAGGAGCAGCGGUGGCCGCAGCCAGGACUCUGCAGACACCCAGGACAUCCAGGUUCCGGAGCAGUUCUCGGGGCUGCUUCACGGUUCUUCCCCCAUCUGUGAAAUAAGCGAGGACCCUUUCAGGCUCGUUCCUUCCGCGGAGAAAGGAGGCGUGGAAGCAGCGAGCCACCCACCUGCUAUGCAGCUGGAGGAUGCUGAUUUACCUGCCCCUGCAUCAGCACCGACCGGCUCUCCAGAACACAACCAGAAAGCAAUCUACGCAACCGUCCAACACGCUCACGUCAACCGGGCGGAUCCUGAAACUGUAGGCACGCCCCACGUGCUCCAGCACCCCGGCGCUGCCGAGGACGAGGGGGACAGAGGUGGUGCUGUGGGCAGAGCCCACCCGGGGAGCAAACCCAAAGCCGAGCUCAAGCUCAGCCGCAGCUUGUCCAAAUCAGACUCCGACCUCCUGACCUGCUCCCCAACGGAGGACGAUGCCAUGGGGAGCCGGAGCGAAUCGCUCUCCAACUGCAGCACUGGGAAGAAGAGGUUGGAGAAGUCGCCGUCCUUUGCUUCGGAGUGGGAUGAGAUUGAGAAAAUCAUGAGCUCCAUUGGCGAAGGCAUCGACUUCUCCCAGGAGCAGCAGAGGAUCUCAGGUUCUCGGAUGCUGGAGCAGAGCGUGGGGGAGUGGCUGGAGUCCAUCGGCCUGCAGCAGUACGAGAGUAAGCUGCUUUUGAACGGCUUUGAUGAUGUCCGUUUCCUGGGCUGUAAUGUCAUGGAGGACCAGGACCUUCGGGACAUUGGGAUCGGAGACCCGCAGCACCGCCGGAAGCUCCUGCAGGCAGCUCGCUCCCUGCCAAAGCUGAAGCCCCUGGGCUGUGAUGGGAACAGCCAGCCGUCUGUCCCUGCCUGGCUCGACUCCUUGGGGCUGCAGGAUUACAUCCAGUCCUUCCUCUCGAGCGGCUACAGCUCUAUUGACACUGUGAAAAACCUCUGGGAGCUUGAAAUAGUCAACGUGCUGAAGGUGAACCUGUUGGGCCAUCGGAAGAGGAUCAUCGCCUCGCUGGCUGACCGGCCCUAUGAGGAACCCCCAGCAAAGCCACCACGCUUCUCACAGCUGAGAUGCCAGGACUUGAUGUCCCAGACGUCGUCACCUCUGAGCCAGAACGACUCCUGCACGGGCAGAUCUGCUGAUCUCCUGCUGCCCUCCGGGGACUCUGGGAAGAGGCAACACGAGCGUGGCAGCGAGCUGGCCACGUACUCCAAAGUUGAGCGCUACAAAGCACAGGAGGACCGUCGGGAGUCAAAGCUGACCCUGCGCCCCCCCAGCCUGGCUGCCCCCUACGCACCGGUCCAAAACUGGCAGCACCAGCCAGAGAAGCUCAUCUUUGAGUCCUGCGGGUACGAGGCCAACUACCUGGGCUCCAUGCUGAUCAAGGACCUCCGAGGUACAGAAUCAACGCAGGAUGCCUGUGCCAAGAUGAGGAAAUCCACAGAGCAUAUGAAGAAAAUCCCGACCAUAAUACUGUCCAUCACAUACAAGGGAGUGAAGUUCAUCGAUGCCUCUAACAAGAAUGUCAUUGCUGAGCAUGAGAUCCGUAACAUCUCCUGUGCUGCCCAGGACCCUGAGGAUCUCUGCACGUUUGCCUACAUCACCAAGGACCUGCAGACCAGCCACCACUACUGCCACGUCUUCAGCACCGUGGAUGUGAACCUGACUUACGAGAUCAUCCUCACCCUGGGGCAGGCGUUUGAGGUCGCCUACCAGCUGGCCCUCCAAGCCCAGAGAGCGAAACCUCUGGGUGCUGCAGCGGGAGAAACGAUCGAAACAAAAUCUUCCAAACCGGUGCCUAAACCACGAGCUGGCGUGAGGAAAUCCGCAGUGCCGCUCCCUCCCGACACCCGCUGUUGUUACUGUCACACCUGUACAACUCACCGCCCCUCCUACCUGCCGCUGCAGUCUGUUAGUCCUGGAGCUAAGCUGGAGCCCCCUGAAAUGGACCAAGAUUCCCAGUCUCAUGCCAGUGUCUCGUGGGUCGUGGACCCCAAACAGGACUCCAAGCGGACCCUCAGCACUAAGUAUGAGACCACUAUCUUCUAAAGCAAACCAACCCCGUGUCCACCUAUAGUCUAACCGUGCCUUUGCGAUCUGAUCUGUCUGCUGUUCUAAACUCCCUCUUCCUCCAGCUGCUCGCACUGAGCCCCGCGUAGGCACUACGUCAAAGGCAGCAGCACUUAAGAGACUGUAGACUUAAACGGCUUUUGUACCUGAUCACUACUGAACACUGUGAAUUCUCCUUACUCGGAAACAAGGGUAACACGCUGUUAGAUCCCCGUCAGGUGGGAGGUGCAGAGGGGUGCAGGCUGGGGGCAUCCGAGACGCGGAGCCAGGAAGCUGCCCACCAUUUUCACGUCUUUCCCCUCGCUCUGGCACUGUGACUCCCUGGGGUGACAUGGCACUCCCCCAGGCCUUUUUUUCUAUUUCACCUUCUUAUCCUCGGACUGAUGGAGACCUCUUGUCUCUGCGGUGCACGCACUCUCUCCUUCUAGCUCCUCUACUUCCCGACUGAGCCACGGCUGCACACUGUUCCAGUGAAGUCACCCCUCUCCUUACUGUCACUUGAAUCGACACUAACCACUGUGAUGCUGUCUGCAAAUAACACCUUCACUAGAUUUCCUCACAGGGACCCUGCUCACAGCCUCUCUCCUCGAAGCGUGGAGCAGAACAGCUGCUCUGCUGGCGGCACAGCCUUGGGCUGGGUGCCACUGUUCCCACUGUGAGCUCGGGCCCUUCUUGGGGCCGUGAGUGUCCUGCAGGAGCUGUGUGGCUGCAUGCAUUUCCGUCCCUUUUAGGGCUUACCCCCACAGUCCUUCUGUUCUUGGUCACCAGACCACUGUGAGCUCUGGGUGCGGUUCUCACUUUGCAGAUUGCGAAGAGGUCAGGCACUGAAAGGCUCAUGCUGCUGGCCCUGUGCUGGGAAGGAGCCGUGGUUGAGCCGUGCUGUCGGGGUGCAGCAGGCAGAGCUGUGCUGUGCUCAGUGCAUUUCCUGCGGUUUCACAUCUUUGCCAAAGGGAGGGAUGUGAUUGAAAUCAGUUUGCUGCUGACCCAAAGCCUAUUUUUCAGUCUAUAAAACAUUGCACGAUGAGAGCUAUAGGGAUCUUGAAACAUCUGUUGUCUUUCAUCCGUGAGAGCAAGGAUUUUGGUUAGAAAUGGCCAUGUGUCAGCGGGCACCUUGGCCUUCCUGGCUCUUUCCCAAGUGCACAUGUUUUUCUCUGGGAGAACGUCCCCAUUUCUGUGUGUCUUGGUAGAAGCUGCUUUUGGCUCCAGGAUAUGGGCUGGAAAUUGUUUGCAUGGGAUGCAGGGCAUUCAGCACAGUCAGAGUGGAGCUGGGCAGCCCACACAGCUGCCCACACAGGCUGUCCCUGGAUCUGUCCCCAUUUCCUUCUCUUGCAUUUGCAAAGGAGCAUUUAAGCAGAGGAGGAGGAGGAUGGGGAUGGUUCAGUAGCUGCCAGCACUGGAAAGCAGGGCUCCAGCCCAGUACUGCUUCUCCCCAACUUGCUGUGUGUCCCAACUACUGAGCCUCUCUCUGCCUCAGUUUCCUUAUUUUCAGGAUGGGGACACACAUAGCUACCUCUCAGGGGGUGAGGCGCUCUCUGUCCCCACAGCUGCUUGAGGGCCCUUUAGUGAAAAGCAUUGCAACUUCCACACAGUGGCAGCAAACCCACUGUGCUCCGCUUUGCUCUCCAGCAGAGUAUGGAGCUCUCAGUCCCAGAGCAAUGCUCACAUCCCAGCUCCUUGUGGGCAGCGGCUGCCAAACCUUUCCCAGGGAGGGGCUGAGCAGAUGGGGCAGCUGAAGGUGAGCUGUAGCUCACUGAUGUGCCUCAGUGCGGGCUUUGCAUCUCUGCCGCAUCCCCCACAGCCCAGGUUUGGUGAGCUGGGGGUGACAGUGAGUGUGUUAGAAGGUAAGGGGAUGGCACUUCUCACUCAGCUGUGUGGCACAUCUGCGUGGGCAUGGUGUGUGUGUGUGGACAUGGUGCACUCAGGGCUCUGGUGAUGCUCUGCUUGCAAAAUAGUUUUUUAGAUUUCACCCCAAAUCUCUCUUUGUGAUCACCAUCAGAAAUAAACGGUCAGACCAGCAACCCUGAGUUGCUGACACCUGUUACGUGGGCAUGUUUGUUCUCAUUCCUAAGUUCCACUGAGGCCUUUGGGCUUCUGUUCCCCAGCCCUUUGGUGAAAUCAGAUGUUUCAACAUCUUUAUUGAGCUCUUCCUCAGGAACGGGUUUGAUCUUUCAAAUCCUUCGUGGCUUAAUGGCAUUGAGUGGCAAACUGACUUCAAAACAAGGGCCAGGCUGGUAGGAAUCCAAGUGAGAGGACUCGAGGGAUUGCCUUAAAGCAAGGGAAGCAAAGCCCAGCCGUGUACAUGCAAUUCACGUGUCAGGAAGCCCUUAACACAGAGCCAGUGGUCACACUGCCCUGCCCAGAACGCUGCAGUGUCUGCGGAGCUCCGGGGUUUGGGUUGGAUGCUCAGUGCCUUUCCAAGCUGUAAGAGUGCCCUGAGGCAUUUAUAUCCUUUGGAGAGAAGCUGAGUUCAUGAUAGCAAUGGUAGUUUGGAUUUACCGUGCAGCUGCCCACACGUGUGCCUGCUCCUCGAGGGUCUGAGCUCUGCACUCCCCCUGCUUUCAGCUGGGAUCUGUCGGUUCCUCCUGACGCCAGCUCACUGGUGCACGUGCCUUCCUGAGGGUGACCCUACCCCGGCCGGGGUGGCAGGCAGCCCUGCCUAACUGCAAAGCUUCCUCUGCGUCCAUAACCUCACGGUUGUCUCAUCUCCUGGCUGCACGCCUCGUCUUUCCCAGCACUUGUGUUUGUAUGACUCGGAAAUCAUUCAUUCCAUUAUCUUCCUUUCUGUUUGCCUCUGAAAAGCUGAGCUCCGGGCAGCUGUCUCCUACCACGGAAAUGUAGUAACGGGGCAGAGACCUAAGAAGCAGUGGCCUGCCGACACGACGACCGUCUCCAUCUGGCACUGGUGUCUGCCUGUGAGGGUGUGCAUGGCUGCUCAGUGAGGGCUCCCAAAGCAGAGGGGGAAAGGGAUCCCAGCCACCAGCUGAGAAAAGCAGCUCUCCAUUUCUAGCAAAGGAAAGUUGAGACUUCCGAGGCCGAGCGAUGUCACGUUUCCUAGUCUGAGACAAACUGCUUUCAACCCGUUUCUUUCACACGUGAAAUGAUACAGAGCAAAUCCAGUUCACAGUCUAAAUGUAGCACUGCAGUGGUUUUUUGGGUUUUUUUUGUGUGUGGGUUUUUUUUUUUU